AUGGCGCCCAGAAGGCAAAUCAAGAAGUUGAAUCUACGACCCUCUAAACGCCUGGAAACUGUCUCGCCCAGAGUAGAAAAGAAGAACAACCCUGCAUUCUCACGCCCGAUAGCAAGGACGAGCACUAUCAUAUACCGUGAUGGCAUAUCGGAAAUUCACACUUACCAGACAAAUGGAGCCAGCGACACCACGGCUUCUAUACGCCUCUCAGCCGAGACGCCUCAAGAUGGUAUUUUGGAAAGGUUGAGCCACGAUGCCCCGAGCGAUGUCUCCGAUCAACGUACUCUGACAGGUCCGGAGUGGAUUCUAAACUUGCCUCCAGUCAGAGAGCACAGCACUCCUGAGGAUGCCUGUGAUUUCCUCGACGCCGUGAUCGACUAUUUCAGACAAUGGUUAUCUCAUGACCGACUUGUCGGCCCAGCCAGCUUUUUCGAAGAUCUGAGUGUGAUCAUUGAUCGGAUGGAGAAUUUUUCAUGCUUGCCGCUGCAUGUCAGAUCAUCUAACAUCGUCUCUCGGCGUCUCGUCACGUGCGAGAACAUGUACGAUCGUUUUACCUCCGUGUGGGCUAAAGCUGCUCGUCGAGAAUUGUCUAAUAAGCUCUCGACAUUGAACACUUCGGUCAGUGGUUCAAUUGACCUUCUCAAAGAGUCAAGUUUCACGACACUCUUGUCAGAUAUCCGAGCCAUUUCGGAACGGCCUGCUUUCGGACCGCGGGCAGAAUCUGGGGGAAACAUGCCGGCCCUGUUAUCUCGAGACGAUGCCAGAGACGCGACAUUACUCUGUGAGGAGUUACACCAUCGCUUCCAGAACAUCACUUACACAACCGAGCCCAAGCUUUUGUGGUUGCUUGUUUGGAAGAGCCUCAAAACAGCGUACAUGGCCUACCACGAAAAGGGAUCUAGGGCAUUUCCGCCCAACUCGUUUGUGGACCUCUCAUUCUUCAAGGACACCAGGGUGGAGGAUAGGUUUCGACGUUUGAUAAAUACACCCGAUGCAGCCAACCCGAGGAAAAUUGAGGACAUGGUGGGACGAUAUUGUCGCUACAUUGCCGAUUGCCGUGCGAAGCCGGACAACGAGACUUCACAUUUGCGUCAGCUACGCGAUUAUCCACUGAAAAUUCAUGUCCUGGCUUCUCUCAAGAAAUUCAUCGAGACGGGAGGAGUCGAGACCAGUACUCUCUCGAAACUGCAUUUCGCAGUAAUUCGGCUGAAUGCUAUAACCGCCGGUCCCAAAAUCUUGAGAAGAUGGAAUGAAGAUGCGCCUAGCCAAGGUUGGGAAGCCUGUGCUUUUCAGUCUGAGUCUCCGCCUGUAGGAACCUCGUCUACCCGGUCAGGACUUCGUUUCCUCGAGCAGCCGGCUCCGGUCUCAAGCAACAGAUCUGAAAAAAGGCUAGAGAAGGCAAGUCAAGCAUUGAAUCUUUCCGGGCAAGAAUCUCGGGGUUCAUUUCCACACCCCGAAGGCAUCAAUAGGAAGAGUGCUUUCGACCAUGUUUGGUAUCCGUUUCCAGAGACGCGAGCCCAUGAAGUGGCUCAGAAUGAGCAGAUCACCAGAGAAAUGGCAGAACCAGGGGUCCAUUCAGAUGGGCCACGAGCGGCAUUUCUGGUCAAUCGGCCACCACGACACGCCCGAAAUCCAGCAGAUAUUACAAGGUUCACGUCAAAGCGGAGAAUCGGCCUCCUCGGCUGGAUAGGGCUAAUCCUUCAAAAACAUGCUUCCCAGCGUCGCCGCCAAAAAGUUGCGAACACAGGGGCACUUGGCCUUCCGAUGUCAGAGGAUCAACAAAAACCAUCAUCUCCAAAGGCAAAGCCCGCUAUUAUGGACUCGAAUGCAAGAAUUCAUAAAGGCGCAACACCGGCAUCAGCUCCCAAACUCCGAGGCGGUGGCGGUAUGGCCCGGGAUCCCUUCCGGAAGCCUCUGCAACCGAGAGCUGUACCGUCUGGUCGUACACGCAUGGACCGAGAGCAGUUCCGAAGAGAACAUAUUGAGCGCUUUAAAGAUACGUUAUGCGACCAAGGCGACAAUCGAGAUGAGGUAGACGAUCUUGAAGAUGAGGACAUUCUACACUUUCUGGAACAAGUCGCGUAUGAUCUUGACCUUGCUGUAGAGUUAUACAGACAACAAAGGGUUGAUCAUGCUGGUAUGCAUGGCCCCUCUCAAUCAGACAGACAGAACAGCAAUGCGGCAGCAACUUCUCGGCCUCAGCGGCAACCACUCGGUGAACUUCGAGGAAUGCUUGAAGCUUCUGAAGGGAGCCAAAGCAACGAAAGCAUUGAGAACGAGACCAGGGGCGCUGGGUCGAACCAGGAGAACCGUGCACCGACGCCGGCGGGUUCUUCGGCGAGUCACGUCGUCGAUGGGCCUUGCCAUCCAUGCCCGCAGUAUCCAGGUGAAUACCACCACAAUUGUCGAUGUCGGUUCGAUAUCACGGGAUCAGACCACGCAGAGGACCAUGCUGAACAGGAAGAAGCUCAGGACAAGGAUGGUCGCAGACCGCAUCGCCGCAGACCACACCAGAGACGAGAGCAGCCCCAUCCAGAUGAUGCGAGGUUGAUGCGCAGCUUGUUUCCCCCGGGAAAUGAGCUCUACCAUGAGCUAACUGAAGCUGGAAAGAUAAUCAAGCAGCUUGAAGUUCUCUUUAACAAUGAGAAUCUAUCGCUAUGGGUAACGGAAGAAGAUGCAAGAUUCGACGUCAAAAACUUGCUUUCAAAACUUCGAAACCAGACGAGCAGCAUUAGAGAGUCAUACAUAGCUGGUCUUAACAAAAGAGUGCCAGUGUUUGUGGAAGAAGUCCCCCCGACCGAGAAGUUGCGACGCAAUCCAGACUUGCCAUCAACGCCGAACCUUUGUCGAAGAAGUUUCUUCGAGUUAAAACUUCAGCAGAAACGCCUUGACGACAUGAUGGAUGUGGGCCGAUACUAUGCAAACCUAGGAUUCCGUCACGUUUUAUGCCGUUACAUUCGUUCCCUUCGAGAGUUGUCACAGCUCUUUGGUGAAUACCAUCGAAGUUUCUACGAGCAUGACGUGUCGGCCGAGUACACCACAGACAGUGAGUCGACUCUCUCCGAUGACGAAAGGCAAAGACUGGCCGAGUACCGCCCACCUAGCCCCCGAACUUUGCCCACGCGGGAAGAGUACGAAAUGAUGUUUAAAGACGAACUGGAGCGAGAGUUGCGUGACGUACGGGGCUUCAGGGACUUGCCCAAACGCUAUGGAAAGAGCUACCUCAUUGAUCGGCUGAUGGAGCUCGAUCAGCGAGGAAAGUACGGUGCUGGGGCACGCAACGGUUACAGAAACCUUGAAAAUAAUAGAGCAGCCAAAGCAAGACCGAGAGGAUACGACCUCGAAGCCGCCAUCGCGGCGGUGGAGAGGAAGAUACGGGACAAGAAGGAGAAUGAUCGGAAUCAAAACAAGGCUGCAAGGUGGGAGAAGCGAAGGAAGCAGGGCCUGAUCUCUUCGUCAGAUAGUAGGCGUCCUUCUGUGCAAUUUAGUCGAUAUUCCGAAGAGUCAAGUGACGAGUCUAGACGGGACUCGGAGGAAACGUCGACGACUUCGGAAGGAACGCCAUGA